GGAGACGUAAAUGAGAGCCAUGAGGACAUCCAUUACCCGCAUGGCACAGCGGAUGGACACAUUUGAGGAAAAGAUGGAUGAGCUGCUCAUGCUCUUAAGGAGCUCCCAGUCAUCUCCCUCUGUUCCAGUUGAUGACAUGUUGCUGUCGCCCUGCUCAACAGUCACCGAGCUGCACGAGUUAGACAGGAGUCUCGGUCAACAGGAGAGGAGGAACAAAAUGCAAAUUUUCCUGACAACCUUUGGAGGUUCGACCGGAGGUACUGCCAUCCGUUGCAUGCUACGGCGAGUGGCAACCAAUGACGUUGUAAAACCGUAUAGCCUGCAGGGCAGAAAGACAAAGAAGGCCUUCCAGGACCUGACAAUCUGCAGGGUUAUAACAGCGGCCUCCCAGAAAAACUUCCCCGCGCUGACUGCAGCAGACAUGGACACGUGGAGACCCCUCACAAUAUCCAACAGCCCAGUGUCAAAGGUGGACUCAUUCAAGUUUCUGGGCUCCAUCAUUUCCCAGGAUCUGAAGUCAGAGUCCAACAUCCUUAAAAAGGCUCAGCAGAGGAUGUACUUCCUACAGCAACUGCGGAAGCACGGCCUACCACAAGAGCAAGAGCUGUUGGCCACCUUCUACACUGCCAGUGUUGGACAAGUUACUUCCAAAAUGUAA